CCUCUUCAAGCCGAUAAGCAGAAUAGACUAACAGGUUGGGAAGAGCAGAGUUGCAAACAGGUGAUGCUGCUUGCUCCCGUGAUGUUUAGAGGCUAAAUUUAAAGGGAUUAAUCUUGGCUGACAAACACAGGACGUCCUUCGGGCCAAGUCCGAUCAUCAGGUUGGAAGUGGCCCAGCGACUCGUUUCAGGGACAGCGGAAAGAUGUCACAUUUGAACCACCAGGGACCAUAGGAACCCAUUGUGGAAGAAUGAGGUCAUUCAUGGAGAUCUUCUGGAAUACUUGAGAUGCUGCUUUUAUGGUUUCUGAGGGUAGGAGUUACCAGCUACCAGCUACUUCACUGUUGACAUGGUGCACCUUGACGUCAUCCGGUCCAGGGCAAAUGUCCACCACUCUUGGUGUGGGCCACAAAAAAGCUAAAGCUUUGGAGGACUUGCAGGUCAGUUGACAAGGUGUACUUCGGACCCAAAUCAAAGAUGGCGAGAGUUAGUCUUCUGAGCCUUGACACCACAAGGCACCUGAGAGGCACCAACCUGGUGUUCUAUAUCGCCUUGCGUUCUCUGAUCGUCAGCUGCUUCCUCUUCUGCUCGGUGGCGUCCGCUAGCUUGCUCGGCGCGGAACAUGACUACGGCAUUAGCCCCAAGUUUGUUUGCACUCCUAUACCCCCCGAAGCGGACCCCAGCUGCUACUCCCCGCCGAGCGUGCCGCACGGACCCAGUGGCCACGCCAACGGCCACGAUGGCAGCAACCGCAGAGUGGUGAUAUCUGAUGAGGCCAAAGCCACCAUUCUGCACCUGCGGGAGAGUCUGGUGAGGCAGAAGGAGACCAUCUUAGAUCAGCGGGAGACCAUUAGGGAGUUAACCGCCAAGCUCACAUUGUGUGAGGGCUUUGGUGGUCAUCAUGGCAAUGGUCAUCAUGGCAACGGCCACCACGACGACCACCACGACGACCACCACGACGACCACCAUGACGACCACCACGAUGAGCACCUUGGCCACCAUGGCAGCCAACACACGCCUUUUUCGUCACACCACGGCUCGUAUCACAGCACUGAUCAUCAGUUCUCCCACGGCAGCCACAGACCGGACCUCCAUCCCAGGGAGGUGUCAUCACAUGGCAAACACAGCUCCUUCUCACCGGAGCAGACCGGCAAGACUUUGCAGACGUUGAAGGAGCGCCUUGAGAACCUGCAGGCGAGAAACUCCUCCAGCUCCUACUCCAGCUCCCUGAGAGAACUCCUCCAGCGGAAGAUCAAUGCUCUAGAGGAGCAGCUGCACAGCUACUACAGGGACCACCAUGAAGGUCACCAUGACGACCACCAUGACAACCACCGAGAUGACCACCACGGUGACCGCCAUGACGAUCACCAUGGUACUGGUCACCACGAGGACCCCCACGAAAGCCAUCGCAGUAAUCACCACGGGGGGCGUCCCUAUAACCACCACAGUGAUCACAGAAACCGCCAUCGUGAUCAUCACCGCGACUGGCACAACGGGCGCCGUUAUGGCCACUACGGUAACUACCGUGACGAACAUCACGACGACCUCCACGGCCGCCACAAUGAUCAACACGGCGAGCAUCGCGAAGAUCACCAUGGCAGUGAUCACCACGAUGACCAUCAUGAAGAUCACCACGGCGGUGAUCACCAUGAAGACCAUCACGAAGAUUACCACGGUGGCGGUCACCACGACGACCAUCACGCUGGCGAUUACCUCCCUCGACGACUUCCUUUUAGCAGCAAAGAGACGAGCUCUCGGAGUGGCGGACACAGCAAACUGGAGACUGUCCUCAGCCAGCUUCACCACAGCCACUCUGACUAUGGAAGCCACAAGAAGCUGAAAAAUUCAAGCGCGUUCCUGCUGGACUUCCCCAUGAGGACUAACUACAUGUACGCCAGGAUGAAGGGCUCCCUGGUCACGGAGAUCUUCGCCCUCACGGUCUGCCUGCGUCUCAAAGCGGGUGCCGGUCCCGGUGUGGGCACGCCCUUCUCCUAUGCCGUGCAGGGCCAGGCCAACGAGUUAGUGCUCAUGGAGUGGGGCAAUAACCCCAUGGAGCUCCUCAUCAAUGACAAGGCGGUCACCUUGCCUGUGACCAUGACGGACAGGAAGUGGCAUCACGUGUGUGUUACGUGGUCGACACGUGACGGCGUCUGGGAAGUCUAUCAGGACGGGGCGAGGAAAGGCUCAGGUCAGAACCUUUCCGCAUGGCACGCCAUCAAACCAGGAGGGAUAUUUCUGUUGGGACAAGAGCAGGACACAAUGGGAGGACGCUUUGACGUCACACAGUCCUUCAUGGGAGAAAUGUCCGACCUACAGUUCUGGUCCAGGGUCCUCACACCCACUGAGAUCUACAGUCAAGCCACAUGCGGCGGUCACCUUGUCGGGGACAUCGUCUUCUGGGAGCAGGAAUCAUUGGAGCUCCAUGGCGGCCUCACUGAGUUCCCCUUUGACCCCUGCCACUGAGCACGGAUUUUCAAACUUUUGUCGUUUUCGCCAUUCUAGUCCAAUCUGUCUGCCUUCUCCGAGCACAUCUGUACAUUGUCCUUUCAAGGAUUGGACAUACGCUAGCGCCUUUAGCAAUGUUACAGUAGCAUAGCAGGAGGCGGGUGGAGACACAUGAUAGCCUCAUGGGCGUCUUCAUUAUGACUUGAAGGCAAAUUGCACAAAGACAUUUUCGCAAUAUUCCAAACGGAGCACUUUCGUAAAGUUUUGGACAGGACUCGUCAAUGGACGCCAUGUUUUAAGAUGGGUGAGCUGACAUGCGGUUACGUAAGUUCCACAUGAGGCGGCCCGUCCAGGCUAACUUUACCUCGACGUGUCCUAAUGGCUGACGUAUCUUUGGCAACCGGUGGCUUACGACAGGAUUUGCUGGUGCAGCCAUGAUCCCGCCUAAUUCUCAGCUCUCUCACACACACAAACACACACACCUUUACUGAAGGUGCAGGCCAGGUGAAGGAUUAUUUUUUGAUCUGCUAACUGUUUUUAGCUGCACUUUACUUUUUAUAAGGUUUUGUAUGAGUACCAAAUUACAUUAUAUUUUUAAUGGAGUUAUCUAAUAUCUUUUUGUUUUGCACUUUUCAACAAGUAUACAGCACGUUUUUGACAACAAAGGCGUUUGUCCUCAGACAUUGUCGCCAUAGAGAUGUCUCUGCAUCAGUACCACUGCUGUAAAUAUCUGCACCACAUUUUGACUGUAAUGCCAAGUUAAGCUCAAUUUCUCCUAUAGAGAGGGCCAAAUGCCAGAUGCAUUUUCUUUGCUAGUAAUAUUUCUAACAAUAUUGAAUUACAAUGUUGUACUUCCCGGCUUGUACGUUAAAACGCGCCCCAACUCGCCUUUGGUGCAAUUGUCAGCAGUUGAUUGCUUCUAGAGCCUGGUGUCUUUUGCUGUAAAUAUAUGAAAUAUGUAAAUAUGAGUACAACAGUGGCUUCAGUCAACAGUCAUUUGAAAGCCAAAACUAUAAACUUGUAAAUUUAAAACUUGAACAAGGAAGAAGCUGUCAAAUAUUCGUCAAUUUUUUUGAAUAAAGUUGUUCCGUAUAUGAAGCAGGUACACUUAAGAGAGAACAUGACUUUCUCUUCAGCUUUCAAUCAUGCAUGCAGUACAGUAAUGAGACAGGAGAGGGCGGCGUUGCUCAGGCCUAUAGCUCAUUUUUAAUGUUCACUGAACAUGUAGGUACAUUUAUGAAUAUAGUUCCUAUUCAUGUAUGAGUACAUUCAACAUUAGUAAGAAAAAAACUAAACAGUGGAGUCCACAUGUGUGAUUUAAUUUGGCUGCACCAACUCGUUCCUCCAGCAGGGGUCAGUGACAUAGAUAAAAUAGAAUAGAAAGUACUUUAUUGAUCCCUGGGGGAAAUUCAGCACCACAGUUCGCUCACAAUAAACAAUAAUAAUAAUAAAUAAUAUAUGACAUAUAUAAUAUAUAUUAUAUAAGAAUAAUAUAAAUAUAUUCUACAUUUAAGUGCAGUCAAGAAGGAACAUAUGCAUUAUACAGUCAGAUGGCUGUCGGUAUGAAGGACCUCCUGCGUCGUUCCGUGUUACAUUUUGGGAGUCUGAGCCUUCCACUGAACGUGCUCAUUCUCUCCGCAAAGUCCGAGUGUAGUGGGUGGGAGGUGUUGUCCAUAAUGGCUAGGAGUUUUGCUAGACUUCUCCUCUCUGACACCACCGCCAGAGAGUCCAGCUCCACUCCCACCACGUUACUGGCCUUCUCUACCAACUUGUCCAGUCUGUUUGCGUCCCUCACGGUGUAAAAGAAAGCGCUUGCCACCAUCGACUCGUAGAACAUCUUCAACAUCUUUGUAGAGACGUUGAAGGAUCUUAGCUCCCUGAGGAAGUAGAGACGGCUCUGUCCCUUCUUGUAGAGGAACUCAGCGUGUUUUGACCCAUUCAGCUUGUUGUCGAUGUGUACUCCGAGGUAUUUAUAAUCCUCAAACAUGUCCACAUCGACCCCCCUGAUGGAAACAGGGGUCGCCAGAAUACUCCUCCUCCUUCUCAGGUCCACAACCAGCUCCUUGGUCUUCGUCACAUUGAGCUGGAGGUGGUUCUUUCCACACCAUGUGACAAAGUCCUCCACCAGAGCCCUGUAUUCCUCAUCAUCACCAUCCUCAAUACAUCCCACUAUCGCAGAGUCCUCAGAAAACUUCUGAAGGUGGCAGGACUCUGAUUGAUAGUGGGAAUCGGUGGUGUAAAUGGUGAAGAGGAAGGGGGAGAGGACUGUGCCCUGCGGGGCCCCGGUGUUGCUGACCAGCCUGUCAGACACACAGUCCUGCAGUCGAACGUACUGUGGUCUGUCAGUCAGGUAAUCUACAACCCAGGACACCAAGGGGGCCUCCACCUGCAUCCUCUCCAACUUCACACCCAGUAGCCCAGGCCGUGUAGUAUUGAAAGCACUGGAGAAGUAAAAAAAACAUGACCCUCACACUGCUUGCAGGCUUGUCCAGGUUGGUGUGGGCUCGGUUCAGCAGGUAGAUGACUGGGUCCUCCACCCCCAGUCGUGGCUGGUAGGCGAAUUGGACUGGGUCCAGGUGGGGCUUGACUCUAGGGCGGAGUUGUUCCAGGACCAACCUCUCCAUGGUCUUCAUGAUAUGGGAGGUUAGCGCCACCGGUAGUCCUUUGAUGUGCUGGAUCGCGUGCACUUGGGGAUCCAUCCAUUUCUUACUGCUUGUCCCUUUCAGUUUCGCGGGGGGUGCUGGAGCUUAGCUCAGCUGCAUUCGGUUGGAAAGCGGGGUACAUCAUGGACAAGUCGCCACCGCAUCGCAGGGCCAAAACAGAUAAACAGACAACAUUCACACACUAGGGAAAAUUUAGUGGUGCCAAUCAUCCCAUUAAAAAUAAAUCAAGCUAAUGAGUGCCAGCUAAUAUCAUUAUGGCUAUAAAUCAACACUUUUUUUUAAAGGUUCCCAUUUGUACGGUUGAGUUUAAUCCUCUGAAAUGGUACCUUCACGUUCGGGGCAAGUGGUCUUCUUUUUAAACUUGAUGAGAAUAGGAAGAAAAUAAACAUUUUCCAUGUUAGAAUGUUCCCUGACUACUGACACACUCAUGUUUGUCCAGCUGGUACUUGUAAGGAAACCUUUCCUCACACACGUUGGAGCUGAAGGCCUUUCUGGUGUGUGUCCUCAUGUGUCUCAACAUGUGUGACUGGACCGACAACUUUUUUUGCGCAAACGAGGCAGGCGAAGGCCUUCUCUCCCUGUGCGUUCUCAUGUGCACUGUCAUGCUCUUCUUAUUCCAGAAGCUUUUGAUACACCAAGCAGUAGAACGGCUUCUCGACCGUAUGUUUCCUUGUGUGUCGUAUCAAAGUUCCUUUAACAGU